AUGAACAGUGUGAAAAAUGGACUCGAUGGCCUGGGUGAUCAGAAAGACGGGAAUAUCACCAGCUCUCUGUUUGAAAAGUUACCAGAGAACAAACAGUGUGAAGAAGCCCACUUGCGAGGCAAACUGACGCGUGGCUGCCGUUUCCAGGACCUCAACGAAGCACACAGAAACAUCACAGGACGCAACAUUCCGAACAGCUGCUCAGACAGCCUGUCGCAGAGCUGUUCCAACAGCAGCGAAUCGCAGGAUCGUGCAUCGUCCAAUGCCGAAAGUGUUGAUGUCGGAAGCGUUGCCUAUUCCGACGAGGUUGCUUCACACGACAUAUUCGAUUCCUCCUGGUCUUUGGUCAGCGAUGAUAGAGAGGCUGACUUGGGCUGUGGUCCGGACGGCACUCCGACUUCUGGUCUUCACGGGAACUCCUCUGACGACGUGUCGUUGGGACAGCCGGAGACGCCUGACAGCAUGGUGGAGAGAAUCUAUAAGCUCUACCAGUCGCAUAUGGACCUUUCACCGACCGAAGACGACAAAGUCGAGACAAGUACGCGAGAAUACCAAGAGAGGCUAUCGUUGCACACACCACAAGCUGUUCCUGACCGUGAAGGGGCCACCACCCGUCUAGGCUUUCAUACAUAUGAUACUGGGCGGUCGAUCUCUGCAAAUACGAAAGGAGACUGCUUUUCAUCUGAGCCAAAGAUUGUGGAGGACCAUGGUGACCCCGGAGAUGAAUACCAGCCCCGAGAUCUCGCCUCGGCCCACCGUGAGAACAUGCUGUUUCCCAUGCCUCUGCGCGUGCAAUCCAUCCGAGGCGACAACAGUCCGACGAGCUACAAAAGUGGGGCAAUUGUGUCUGCGGAUGGGAUGACAGAAGAUUCGGAUGAUGAUCCUUUCCGGUAUGACAAGAAUCCCUACAAAAUAUUCCUACAACCAUCAAAGGAGCGAGAGGUGAGCGCGGCAUUGAAGCACAUAGGCAGCCUGGACUCGCACAGCAGAGCGACCCUGUACAGCAAGGACGAUGGUACGACGCCAGCCGCCUGUCAGAUCUCUCUUAGGCCGCCUCCGAUUCCCAAAGAGUACCGCGAGAAGCAUAGCCGGCCAGAAUCUACACUGGAUGGGCAGUGCGACCGGGCACUGACACCAGAGGACGCCGACGAAUUUUACGACACAUCAAUCAUUCAGCCCAACUGGGAGGUGGAACGUGGCACAUACGAAGUGAGGGUGAUUUCGAAAGACGAAGACUCGCCUCAGCUGCCGGGCAGACACAACCUGAAGAGCGUGAGCGAUGUUCCAGAGGGGGGCCGAAAGGGCAAGCACCCGCCCAAGACCAAGACCGCAGUGAGAACCGACGUCCUCUACGACGCGGGAAGAGAGAAUACCACUGGGGAAAGGGACGAGUGGGAAACUGUGGUGACCAGCGCGGCCGGCUUCGGGAGCGUUGGCCAGUCCUCUGGCCUGGUGGCGGCAGUCGGUCCCCGACUUUCUGCCAACUUUCACGACUUUAAGAUUACUGGAAGCAGCCUGGCCGAUGUUUCAGACGGGAGCAGCUUCGAAGACAUACCGUUUGACGAGUACGCGUCUACGGACAGGAUUGUGCAACCGUCGAGCGGCCAAGACGAGCAAUCUGAGGAGAGCCUACGGAUCCACGACCUGAACGGUGCUAAGAUUCCUGUCAUUGUACCAAAGCAACGUGUGCACCGUGUGAACGGACUUUCCCAGGAUCCGUCUCUCAGGUUCUCGCCCGGCCCACGUUCGGGAAGCGAGACGGCAGCCGCUCUGGCCAGAGCAGUGCCCAACCCCUUUCGCCGGCUGAGCACGCGACGGACCCACGGCUUCUCUUCCAUUCCGUUGCAGGCCAUGCAUACGAAGUCCGAGAGGUCCAGGGCUCGCUUCGACUUUCGCGUCUCGCAGGCGUCGGACUGCGCAGGGCUGUGUGCCGACACUGCAGAUGUGGAGGGACUGAAAAGCGAUUCGGACAAUGGAACAGCAUCGCCUGACGGGAGAGCUGCAGGUUCCCAUGCAGACGUUGACCUGAGAGAGUCCGGCUCGUCUCAGAGCUCGAGCGGCACCACCCACAGCUUUCCGUUCAGUCUGAUACCGCUUCCAGAAGCCGCACGACUUCAAGCCAUCAAGAGAACACAAGAACUCCCAGAGCUGAGAAGGCCGACAUCACGCUUCCCGUCCAUCGGCACCCCGAUCCCUGCCCAUCGGCGGAUGCAGCAGCUUUCGAGCCAGCGUCAUGGCAUCGCCCGUGGCUCUACCCAAACAUCGAACAUGGGCUCCUCGGUACCCGAUACGUCGUGGGAGACGGUGACGCCGUUCGACAGUUCCCGGAGUGCUUCUCAGGUUCUGAAGUCCGCAGCAACACGGCUCCGGCUGGACAACAUCGUGUAUCGAUUCGAGCAGCGGCAGCAGCAGCAGCAGAAACAAGUGCAGAGGAAGUUAUGCCCGACGCCGGAGAGGCGCAGCAACACACCGCGACUGUACCCAUGGGACUAUCAACAGCAGCGAAUCUCGUCUCGGCAGUGGAACGGCCAGCCGACGCUGAAAAAGCAGGGGACAGACCCCGAGCUGCGGGACAUUGUAGCCCAUACAUCGGUCAACACGGAUGAUCUGGAGCGAACGGGCGUGCCGACGGACCCGGAAGCCUUCAUCUCCGAGGAGGGCCGACGGCGGCGACGGGUGUGGUUUGCAUACAUGAUGGCCAUCAGCGUGCUGCUCCCCUUCCUGUCGGUCAUGGUGCACAUGGGUCGCCUCGACUGUGGACUCUCGUGGUACACGCGCGGCGAAGUAGCCCGGCUGAGCCGGCGGCAGCGACGGGCCAUCCUGGCGACCAUGGUGCUGCAGUUUGUGCUCUGGCCGAGCGUUUUGAUCUAUGUCAUCUGGCAGCAGCAGCAGAAGUAG